GUGUUUUCGAAUUCGAUGAUUGUUUUUCCUGCGGCCUUUUUUUCCGCAAGACCGCGUUGGUGUUUACUUUUCUGAAGAGAUUGACAAGGAGCAAACGAACCCUGAAUGCAUAGUCGUUGUCUUCACUGGUGCUAACGUAUCGACGAACAUUACCUCUGUCAGUAACAUGCUACGCUCGCUCUAGUAUGUGUGUACUCUUAGUUGUGAAACUAAAUUCGACUCCACAACUUUUCGUACCGUCCAGUGAAAAAAUCCUCAACAUCAAAUUAUGGUUUCCGACGGCGCCGCCCUAGUUUCUGCAAAGACGCCUGUUGUUGCCGUAGAGCAUCAAGUCCACAUGGUAUCAACAUGCGACCACCAGGCCGCUACAACAACUGUAGCGUCCGGGAACUGCGCCGGCACAGAAAUUUGUGAAGAUGCGACGUGCGGAGCGCGAGCGGGACCGGGAGUACUUUUUCUCACUCCAAGCACGCUCGCAGAGGCAGAGAAGUCUUUGGAGCAAGCGCUGCGCCAUGUAGAAGUUUCAAAGCGGGGAGGGAUAGAAUCAGAAGUAUCGACGAGCAGAACUGCCGAUUGUCGCACCACUGCACAAAACGUCCCGAGGAUUUCCCUGUCGAUGAUCGUGCAAAACGAACAACAGAAUCAGGAUGCUGGCGGCGUUAAGGCCGAAAACAACACGACCAGUACUGAAAUCCUCUUCGCACAACAUGAAGUAAAAAAGAAGCGGAAGCAGUUUGCUCUGGAUCCGGACUUGCAGCAGCUGUGCUUUGUCAAGGACUUCCAGCGCUUUCCCAUUUACGCUGAUUAUUUGAAAGAUUUUCAUUUCCAUUUUGACGCACCGGAAUUCGAAUUGCAGCACAACAUCAGUGAAGAUGCAGAAGGAGAACAUCAACUACAACUCCCGACCAUUACAGAUUGCAAAAAUCUGGUCAAUGGUGUUGUCUUCGCAGAUCAGGAAGGAAAUACACAUCGGCAAAAAUACGACGAAGCAACAGAAGAGGUACUAGUUGUUCCUGAUGAGAACCAGCAUCAAAAUGCGGAAGAUAUAAUCAACUCGACGAAAAAAAACAAGAACACCCCGCUCAUCGAGUAUAAAACUAAAACGUGGAAAGUCAGCAUCACAGAGGACAUUACCAGCUCCGGCGUGCCGAUUGAAAAAAUCGGUCGGGUACUCCCGUAUGACCUGCUCAAACGUUACAAUCUCAAACGUUACAAUAGAAUCUGGAAUUUGUGUUGCAAGAAGUGCAUGAUCUACCCUACUCCCACAGGAUUGCGCAUGACAAGUUCUGGAGUCCCAAUCCGCACUACAAUCUGGCGAAAUUUGUAUUGCAAAAAGUGGAACGCUGUCCGAGUCUGUCAUGUUAGUCAUGCAAGACAAAUCUCAGAUUCUAUUGUAACGUUUGAGAUUGUAACACCUGAGCAGGUUAUAUCCCGGAAGUCCAGUUUCUGAUGGAAAAAGUCGGGGUCAAGGAUUUCGCGGGGCAGAAUUACUGCUUCUCCUACGUCGAACAAUUGUUGGAGUUUCUAGAAGUGGAGGACCAGUUUGCCUUCACGGAAUUCGUGCAGAAGAUCUCGUUCUUGUAGAUUUUGCCAGGAACUGGAAAUUAUUCUUACUGGUGAUGUUGAAGAUGAUGAAUUCUGAAGUAGAUCUAGAAGAUGUAGAUUGCAACGCAAAACUACAAAAGGAAAUUUUUACGUAUUCUUAUUCGAGGGAACCGGAACGAAGAUCGAUGUCGUGUCGUACCUGCGCCGCCAACCAAAAAA